GGCGGCCGAGGGCCGCAGCUUUGAGGGCCAGCACAUGGCUUGGGUAACUCACAAACCGAGAAACCGCUGUGAAUAGCCGGCCAAUCUCCCAGGUAUGCAUCCUCUGCCUGUCUGCCACAGUGGAUGUUGGUUCACGUUGAGGGAGUCAAAGGCCGCCUGUGAUUCAUCCACUGUCGUCUGCUCUCUCCUUUGUGCGUUGUUUUGCUGCUUUGCAAUGGUUUCAGUGCUUAGAGGAUCAUGCAAUUCACUGCACAGCAGCUAUCGGGAGGGGGGAGGUUCAGCCACCGAUGCAGGUCACCACAGACACACCACAAGUGCACGCCAUGGCCGAAAUGAGUGGGGGCCACAUACACAUACAUAUGUGUGUCUGUGUUGCCUGUGUGUCUGCCUGGCAGGAUCGGCAAUUGGAGUGAGGAUGAGUUCCUGGAGGAGGUGCGGCUCAAGGACUUCCUCAAAAGAAAACAAGAAGGUACGCCCUCACCGUUCACCGUCAAUUCUGAUGGGUACGUGGCCAUUUUGGCGUCUGUCUGCCUGUCUGCCUGUCUGCCUGUCUGCCUGUCUGUCUGUCUGUCUGCUUGUGUGUCUGGUGCUUGUGUAGGUCGAUUGUAUGUGACGGCCAAGCAGCAGCGGCUGCAGCGGUGCCUGGCGGCUACGGAGCCCUCGUUUUCGCCCGACGGUCUGCUGUACUUCGGCAGCGCCGUCAUGAUUGUGAACGAGGAAACCUCGGCCUUCAUGGCAUGCGACCCAUACGGUCAGUCUGUCAAUUGGCGCUGCGUGCGUGCCUGCGUGCCUGCCUUCCCACCACACGCACAAUGCUGUCUGUCUGUCUGUGGUGUUGUGUUUUGACUAACAGACGACCCUUCUGGUGCGAGCAACAAGGAGUCGAAUGUGUACACCGUCACCACCUCACCGCACAACCAGCCGGUGGCGAGAAACACAUUCAUCAUCACCAGGUAUAUAGGGUGGACUAGACACACACAGACCGACAAACGGGAGAAAUAAGAGCAGACAGACAGACAGACACGGGUGUGCAUUGAUUGCAUAGUCUGUGCGUGUCUGGCUUGUCAUGUCAUUGCAUAUGAUGUGCAGAGUUGACGAGACCGACGGCUACCCUGGCGAGGUGCUCCAUUUCGGGCAGCACUUCCGCCUACAAACACACCCGUCACUCACCGGAUGGAGCGUAAGAAGCGAAGCUGCACGCUCUCGUGAUCUAUCCAUCCGUUGCUGAGACGAAGCCUCUCUGUCUGUCUGUCUGUCAUGACUUGCGUGCCUUCCAGUUGUAUUUGCACAGCGAGCCUGUGAGUCCCCUGUCAGCGUCAAAGUUUGCCCGCAAGCAGGAGGUGCUCUUCACACCCAAUCCAAGCGGAAACACCAAAUGGAAGGUACCAGCGGCAGCACACACUCAGUUCAGUUAGUUGGAUGGGUGGAGCGGAGCGUAUGGACAGGACAGGCAGACCGACUGUGUGUGUGGCUGCCCUGCCCUGUCCUGCCCAUAUAUAUACACUGUAGUUGGUUCAUCCUGACAUGAGAGUUCGUUUCGAGAUGGAGGGCGAGCCCGUUGCGGCCAACAGUGCAGUGGUCAGUGAAAACCUACGUACACGUACAUAUGGUCGUUCAUGAGCGGGUCGGGUCGUUGCAUACCGUAUGUAUGUAUGUGCUGGUCCACCCCACCCCUUCAGGUCAUAAAGCACGUCGCUUCCAACACUGCACUGGCUUCCGUCAGGUACGUUCAUAGAUGGAAUGGAUGGCCGACGUGAACGUGUUCUGCAUUCCGUGUGUGGAUGGCUCACUGACUCACUCACUCAGGACAGCUCAGGAGAAUGAGUUUGGUCGUGAGUACGAGGUCCACUGCCACACCUACCUGUCGGCCCAGCGCACACACUCGUGCAUGGCUGAGCUCAAGGGCAAGGUCACAGGCGACAUCGACACACGACCCCAGGGUAUGUGGGUGGGUGGGUGAGUAGCUGGGUAUGCCUAUGCAGUGCAGUGCACAAAGAGGUCUUGCUUGUCUGUCUACAUGGAUUAUCGAUCCACGUGCAGAUGAGCGGAACGUAUGGUCUCUUCUCAUGGAGACACCAUCACCUGACAUGCUGUCCACUCAACAGCAACAACCGCCACCCCCACACCCAGUGGACCAACACACCGCCGAGCUGGAGGCUGCACCACAAACCACCACCCAGCCUCCACCACCCGAGCCACAGCAGCCAGAGGCCAAACCCGACGAGGCCACUGCCCAACAGCAGCAGGAGGGAGCGGGUGCUGCACCCGCCCCGCCUGCAGAGCAAUUUCAGAGCACUGGAGAGGUCCUGGCCGCGCAUGCGGCUCAGUGACCGACCCAUGCGCUCGUGGAACGAACACGCAGAGGAGGAAAAGGAAGGAGUGCCCCCAGGUCUGACUGAGUAAGUGAGCGACCGGCUGGCUGACUGGCUGAUCGAUUUUUUUUUUAAUUGUCUGUCCGUCUGUCCGUCCGUCUGUCUGUCUGUCUGUCUCUCUAGCUGUAUACAUGGAGUGUAUGAGUGUGUGCCAUGAUUAUUGUUAAGGGGUGGGGGGAGAAAAGUGUCUCUCCCUCGUCAGCCCUUGACAAUAUCGUGUGUGCUCCGACCAAUAUCCCCAUGGCAAUAUACGUACGUAUUACACACACUGCAGCAUCAUUCACUGAAACGCAUCAUGCAUGUGCG